GUGGGGACCGCGAGCUGGCGCCAGGGGCCGCAAGGUCGGAGCGUGGCUUUGAGGCCGAGUCCGUCCCACCAUGAGCGGCCGAAGUAGGGGCAGAAAGUCCUCCCGCGCCAAAAGCCGAGGCAAAGGCCGCGCUAAAGGCCGAGUCCGCGCUGCUGCUGACGACGCCCCGCGCGACCCGGACCCUCCACAGUGCCAGAGGCUCGGGGAGGAGACCAAGGCGGCACAGGUGCAGGCUGGCGCGGGUUGGGGUGGCCUGGAAACCGCUGCGCCCGCGCCGCCCCGCCGGCCCGGGGAGGAGGGCGCCUGCCGGCUCCCCCUGGACUGCGGCCUCGCGCUCCGGGCGCGGGCUGCGGGGGAUCGCGGGCAGGCCACAGCCAGGCCCGGCCCGGGGAAGGCCACAUCCCUCUCGGAGCGCCUGGCCGCAGACACAGUCUUCGUGGGAACCGUGGGAAGCGUGGGAAGGCCGAAAAAUGGCCCCCGCGUUGGAAACCGGCGCGGCCCCGCUGGGAAGAAGGCCCCAGCUACCUGUAGCGCGGUGGGGAGGGUGGCUCCGGCCGUGGCCGGUGGGAAGCCCAAGAAAGGGACCAAUGGGGAGUCUGCCUCCGUUCCAGUGGUAGAGGAAAACAAGGUAGAGAAGGAUGCAGGGUCAGGGCCCCCGGCGACAGAUGGCAGCAUGGAUACACUGGAGAACGUGCAGCUGAAGCUGGAGACCAUGAACGCCCAGGCGGACAGGGCCUACCUGCGGCUCUCUCGCAAGUUUGGGCAGUUGCGGCUGCACCACUUAGAGCGCAGGAACCUCCUCAUCCAGAAUAUCCCGGGCUUUUGGGGGCAGGCUUUUCAGAACCACCCCCAGCUCUCAUCCUUUCUGAACAACCAAGAUAAAGAGGUACUCAGCUACUUGAACAGCUUGGAGGUGGAAGAGCUUGGCCUCGCCAGACUGGGCUACAAAAUCAAGUUCUACUUUGGGCGCAACCCCUAUUUCCAAAAUAAGGUGCUCAUCAAGGAAUAUGGGUGUGGUCCUUCCGGUCAGGUGGUGUCUCGGUCUACUCCAAUCCAGUGGCUCCCAGGGCAUGAUCUCCAGUCCCUAAGCCAGGGGAACCCAGACAACAGCCGGAGCUUCUUUGGGUGGUUUUCCAACCACAGCUCCAUUGAGUCUGACAAGAUUGUGGAAAUCAUCAACGAGGAGUUGUGGCCCAAUCCCCUGCAGUACUACCUUAUGAGUGAAGGGGCCCGUGCAGAGAAAGGAAAGGAGGGCAGGCCAGGUCCAGCAAGGCAGCCAGUGGAGACCCCAGAGCCUGCGGUAAACAAGUCCAACUGAUUCUGCACAAGUCUCCCUACUACCUACUGCGGGACCCGUGCCUGACUGACCACAUGUGUUUGCCUGUCUGCCUUCUCUUCAUGUUGGCCUCUGUGCACAGUAUUUCCUUUGGACUUUAGUUACAAGAAUAUGGCAUUUAUGAUCAUGUUCUUUUGCCUCCCCAUGGUGUUCUUGCUCUUUUACAUUAGUGUCACAUGUUACGUGAUCUCACCCCUACUGUUUAUAUGUUAAACACUCAUGACUUAAGAUGUGUGCUGCCUUUAUCUACGUUGCCUGGACCCUGUUCUUGGCUCUGGCCUUUCCCACCUGUCUUUAAUGUGGACACUCAUGAGUCAUCCAACAAGAGGACCAGUGCCUCCUUAAGCUCUGCUGCUUCAGGGCUCAUGACUUGCUGGGCUUCGCAUUCAUGCUGGCCAUGCGUUCCGUCUGUGACAGGCUCUUCUCUUGCCACUGCAGAAUGAAGCUAGUGCACAUGGUAUUGGCCCUCAGCCAAAACUGAUUGUUCCAUUGCUCUAGGGUCACCAGCCAAGGUGCCGCCUAUAGGAUCUCUGGCUUUGGCCCGGGGCCCAUGCUGCCCUUCUGGACGUGGAUGAGGUUAAGGGUGAGAAACAGUAUGCUGCAUGUUCUGUACCAUCAUGCAUUUCUUCCUGCCUCUGGGCCUUUCUCCUGGUGAACCUUCGGCAAGGUUUGCCCCAUCACUAUCAGGCCAUUGAGUUUUGUUUAGGUUGCUGUUGGCCCCAGUUGGCUUCCUGGUCAACAAGGACCUCAAGAACUGCCUGUGGACCCAGGCCCCCUGCCAGUGCAUGAGACACAUACCUAUCCUCCCUAGGCUUCCAGGAACCCUACUGGCUGCCAGACUGAUGGGCGGGCUGGUAUGUGUGGAUGUGCUCACUGUCAUCAAGCUGUGACUCCAGACAUGCACAUGCACAGAAGUGGAGAGGAUGGUCCCUGCACCCCGUGUGCCCAUCACCUAACUACAUCAGUUAUCAGUUAUGAUCAACCUGGUUUCAUCUGUAUCUCCCUCUCCCUGCCUGUAUUGUUUAUCACAAGUCCAAGACACUGUGCCAGUUCAACAAGGACUGCUUUGGGAGAUGGGGACUCUGUGUGGGUGCUGAUGGUGGCAGGGUGCACUAUCAUCAUCACGUCUGGUCUGCUUUUUGCUUUUCAUGUUAACUAAUGAAGUUCCAGAGAUGGGCCUUAGGAAGGAACGUCUUCAGAAUUAACAAGAAGUCUCAAAAAGAGACGAAGGGGAUGCUGUCUUUUCCCUGCAACCACAAAAGGAAAGAGACUGUUCUGUUGUAAACUCUUUCAAAGACUUAUCAGUCUUUGAUAAGGUGCUUACUUGAGAACUUUCACCAGAAUAUCAGUCUUUUUUCCCAUGUAAGAUGGAGACUUGUGUGACUAUUAGAAUUAUCAGCUUGUCCUGGUCUCAUAAUAUAAUUCUAGGCUUGAAAGUAUAAUUUGGAAAUUGUUGCUGUGUUCUGUGAAAAUAACCUCCCAAAAGUAAUCAGUAACUGGUUGUCUUACUUGGUAAUUGACACCCUGGUAAUAAUGCAAUUAUUCGUUUGUUCCAAAACAGUAUAAAUAGUUGUAAGCGUGCAUGCAUGAUGGAAAAAAUAAAAGCCUGUAUCUCUGUUA